UGAGAUCGAGCGCUGAAUGUAAAACGGUUGCUACAUCUCCGAGCAUCAAAUGAAUGGCAACUUCACUUUUCCACAUCCAAUAUGACGGCAUCGUAUAAGUUAAUACAGCGCUCAAAGCUGUGUGUAUAUGUCUAUGAUAUUCCGUUUUUUCGCCCCCAAUGCUCCUCGUGGGUUAUAAAAGCUUCGACUGCAAUUUAACGAAGGAAGGUGGAGUUUAAACUUCCGGCCCCAAAUCAGUGUUUUCAGAACAAAAGCACAAGCCGUUAAGUGCUGUCGAUUGACCAUGUAAUUCCCAUAUGUGAUCUUUUAUUUUGAAAUUAGGCUCUUGGUCGAGAUCGCUCGCUUGACAAAAGCAUGCAUUUUUCGUUUCCAUACAAUAAUUCAUUCUCAUCAGCUCAGCACUGGGCAGCCGGCUCGACUAUGAGUGAGGAGAAAACGACAGUUUUGCUAACCUCGGAUGUCCGAGUGCCCCCCGGGGUGACGGAUGUGGGGAGACCCACAUGGAGCGGGCGGCUGGAGUUCAUUCUGGCCACGGUGGGCUACGCUGUCGGCCUGGGCAACGUCUGGAGGUUCCCUUACCUGUGCUACAGCAGCGGCGGAGGAGCUUUUUUGGUCCCCUAUCUCAUCAUGUUAUUCUCGUGUGGCAUCCCGCUGCUUCUCAUGGAGUUUGCCAUUGGCCAGUUCACCCAUCUCGGGCCAGUGCACGCCCUUGCCAAAGUCUGCCCUCUGUUAAAAGGUGUUGGCCUCGGCACAGUGGUUAUCUCCUACGUCUUCUGCACCUACUACAAUGUGCUCAUGAGCUGGGCCCUUUUCUACUUGUUCAACUCCUUUGGAGCAUCACCUCCUUGGAAGUCUUGCAAUAACAGCUGGAAUGUCUUUGAGACCUGUUCCAGUGGUUUCCCGGGCAACGCCACAGAUCAGCAGUCGGCCAGCCAACAGUUCUUUGAUCACAGGCUUCUGGAGAAAACAAGUGGCAUUGAAGAUGUUGGUGGUCUUCAGUGGGAACUCUUCGGCUGUCUCUUGCUCGCCUGGAUCGUUGUGUAUUUAUGCAUUUUUAAAGGAGUCAAAUCAACUGGCAAGGUUGUUUAUUUCACGGCUAUAUUUCCAUACUUCAUCUUGUUCGCCCUGCUCAUCAACAAUAUGCAGCUACCUGGUGCGAAGGAGGGUAUCCUGUACUUUGUGACGCCUGUCUGGAGCAAACUUUUCUCAGUGAAGGUUUGGGUUAAUGCAGCAGCCCAAGUGUUCAAUUCCUUGGGAGUCGCCUUUGGUUCCAUGAUUUCGAUGGCGAGUUACAACAAGUUCGACAAUAACAUCGUGAGAGAUGCUUUGAUCGUAUCGUUCAUCAACUGCUUCACAAGCAUUCUGGCCGGCUUUGUGAUCUUCUCAGCUAUUGGCUACAUGGCUCACGUACAUAAUCUCCCGGUGGACAACAUAUCAACAGACGGUCCUGGGCUCGUGUUUGUUGUGUACCCCGAAACCCUCUCAACCAUGCCCGCCUUUCAGCUGUGGGCACCUUUCUUCUUCUUUAUGCUGCUCUGUCUCGGUCUGGACAGCCAGUUUGCCACAGUUGAGGUGGCUUUGACAUUCAUAAAAGAUGAAUUUAGAGCCCAAGUUCUGCGUUUUCUCAAGAGGGAAGAGCUGCUGGCGCUGAUCGUCUGCGUUGUCGGCUUUGUUCUUGGACUUCCACAUGUUACGAAGGGAGGUAUAUACGUGUUUCAGCUGAUGGACCACUACACUGCUGUGGUGUCCCUCAUGUUCUUGGCUUUCUUUGAGGUUAUAGCAGUCUGCUGGUUCUUUGGGGUCCGCCGCAUCUCAUAUAUGAUCAAGAAGAUGCUAGGAAAGCCUGUGAACAUCUACUUUCGCAUCUGCUGGUACAUCCUCUGCCCUUUGCUGGUGUUGUGCAUACUGGUCUCCAGUAUUAUCCAAUACGCUCCUGCUCAGUAUGGCACGUAUAAGUACCCAUUGUGGGCCGAAUGGGUGGGCUGGGUCAUCUCACUGGUCUCUCUGAUAUGGAUUCCCAUUGGAGCCAUACAAGAGAUCUACAACAACAAAGGCUCAUUUCUCUCGAGGCUGAAAACAGCUGUGACUUCUACAGUAGAGCUGACUGUUGAGGAUCCCCUGGCUGAAUAAAUGAGCAGUAGCGCACCUUAACACAACACUUUGAUAUGUUGUUUUAAUGAAAAUGCUAUGUACAAUGGAAGAAAAAAAACAACUGAACUGCGACGCCAUCUCAUUACAACGGUGCAUACAAUACAUCUGGUUUAUUACAAGUAUUAUAUAAUCAGCCCAAGUUUUUAACUCCUCACUCAUUCUGAAAUGUGUAACUUGGCACGUCAAAGUAGAUGUGUUAGAGCCUUUGUUUGGAAAGCCAGAUUGUGUUACUGAGCCUGAAGAGAAACUGAGUGCUUACUCAGAGCACCAGUGACAACACCGGUGUUAGCACCAAACCUUAAGCCUUCGGCUCGAAAGCAAAAAUAAAUGUCAGGAAAAGCCGACGAGAACAGCCAAACUUUAGGCUUAAUCAGAGGCACUUUAUAUAGUGACAGGUGUUUGCUAACUCCCAUUGAACAUGAGUUUGAAUGUGAUUGGUUAGUUCAAAGCACUAGGUCUUUAGUUAUAACCGGGUGUGCACACUUGUGCAACCGCAUUAUCUCCGUUGUUUGUUUUUACUUCCCCUCUAAACAUUUCUUUUAUAAUUUGACGUAUUCAGGGUAGGUCACAUUAAGGGGUAAAGUUUCAAAAUGAUUUAUCUUGGUGAUGUAAUUUUUUAUUUUAUUAUUUUUUUAUAUCACAAAAAUCUGGCAUUUGAACGGCGGUAAGUACACGUAUCUUCACUGUGUGUGUGUAACAUUAUGUCCUGAAGACGACAUGUGCAAUUGUGCUUAUAAGUUUGCAUAACAGAAUUUAUGAAAUAUUGGCAAUUUUGGGGAAAACGACUGCUGACUGAACUUGGACCAUUUCAUUAUUUUCUUUAUUGCUAUGUUUUGCCAAAUGAUUGUGUUAUACUGGAAAGCCUUCUAGUUUAUAAUAGCUACGUAGUUUAAUUGAAAUCCCCUUAAAAAUGAAAUCAAUGUCUUUUGUAAACUUACGAGCACAACUGUAAGUGUUGGUCAAGGAAGUACUUGAAUUGUGACAAAUUGCACUAUUGUCCCCACCAAAUCCAAAAGUGAUAUCUUCUUACAUGAUCAAUACUCCCAUGUUGUCUCUCGUCAUUUGUUUUUGCUUUAAAUCCCUAUAAUCAUAGACCAAGUGAAUGGGCAUUGCCAUUUUCAUGAUUAUAUUUUUUAAAUAUUUUUUUUUUAUAUUUAGAUUUCGUGGUUUUAUUUUUGCAAUAUUGUACAUUAUUUAUACCAUUGUUGAUUUAAGGGAUUUUUAAGGUUUGGGUCCAUAUCGUAGGUACUAUAUAUGGUUUAUGGCACAUAAGUAACUAAUAUUACCAGCAGAGGGUGCUGUAGUACAACCAUUGCCUUAUUGCACGCGCCGUGAUCGUGUGCAACGCAUACAUACAUGCCUUUUAAUAAAACGUAUUCCAUUUCCAUUUCCACAUUGA